AUGGAACAUUCAAAGGAGAAAGAGAAUCUGCUCGCUGAAAUGGAAGCACUGAAAAAGACGAUAGCAGCUGAAACGGCGUCGAAGCAAACGGCCACUGAAGAGAUGUCUAUAGCGAAACAGCAAAUACAGCAGCUGGCAGAGGAGAAACGAUCUUUGGAAGAGCAGCUAAAGAAGACGUUGAGUGAUGAAGCAGAGAUGAAAGGAAGGCUCUCGAAUCUUGAGCGAGAUAAGGAGGCCAUGCAAAAGCAGCAUGAAGAUGAGCUUAAAUUGGUACGGACACAGUUACAGCAGCAAGAAGGAACCUCUUCUCAAACACAACAGCAGGCAAGUAACGAAGUCGCAGAAGCGUUGGAAAAAGUUCGAUCGGCUGAGGAGACCAAAUUAGCUGUGGAGAAGGUUAUGGAACAACUGAAGUCUGAAUUAGCUGAGAAGCAAAGAGAGGUCACUUCUCUUCGGUUAAUCGAAGCGAAUGCGAAUGUGAUGAGAUCUUUCAAUGAACUCGAGCAAGAUUGGCAGAAGAAGCAGUUACGUCUUUGUGAGAAAAUCGACGAGUUAACUAUUGAAUUGGAACAGGCCAAGAACAGAACUCAAAGCGAGGAGGUGAAUUCGUUGAAAAGAGAGCUUGCCUUUACCAAUUCAAUCAUUGCCGAUCAAAGGAGGAAGGAAGUGAAGCUGCAAGAAGAGAUUGAAGCUCUCAAAAGUUUCUCAGCUGAUUCAGUGAAUGUGCCACUAAUGUCGGCUGCGAAUCGUGAAGUGAAGCCAAGAAUGUACUGUGAUAUCUGUGAAACGUUUGACCAACAUGAGACGGAGGAUUGUCCGAAACAAGAAGUCCAAGAAGAGAUGGUCCGAACAAAGCCAAAGAAACCACCACCACCAUCUCGAGAGUACUGCGAUUACUGUGAAAAAAGCGCUACGUGCGCUGACCGCCUGCGAGUGGUGCCUCCUGGCCCUCCAGCUUCAAACUCGGUGCUGGAUCUAAUCUGA